UCUCCAGCAAGCGCACCCACCUUGUCCACCAGCAGCAGCAGAGUGCGCCAGGGACCGAGAGCACAGGCGUGGAGCUCAACGGGGAGAGGGCACGACGGGCCGGCGGCAGGAGGACUGACAGCGGCGGGGCUGCUCCAGAAAAAGACGGUCGCGUCUCGAUUUAAAGGGGAACCGCAUGACUUAGGACUGACUCGGUCCUGUUCAUUUCGUCAAGACAGCUCGUUCGCGUCCAGAUUCGGGAGUACCGUACCGCCGGUGGGGAGGAGGGGGAGGAAGAUGCAGCUCCAGUCCGGCUCGUUGCGCCGCGCAGUCCGCCUCCGCCGCUGGUGAUGCCCGGCGUGCGGGGAUCACCGCCCAGCAGCAGCAGCAGCAGCAGCGGCAGCGGGAGGAAGAGGUCGGUAGGAGAGGGCGUCGGGGGGCCGGUGAUGAUGGUGGUAAGGUCGGGAUCAUGGCCAACGGAACCGGUACUAUCAUGUUAAAAUGCGUCGUGGUCGGAGACGGUGCAGUGGGAAAAACGUGUCUUCUGAUGAGCUAUGCCAAUGACGCCUUUCCAGAGGAGUAUGUACCCACAGUGUUUGAUCAUUAUGCAGUGAGUGUCAACGUCGGUGGAAAGCAGUACUUGUUGGGACUGUAUGACACAGCUGGUCAGGAGGACUACGACCGCCUGAGGCCGUUGUCCUACCCGAUGACCGAUGUCUUUCUCAUCUGCUUCUCCGUGGUCAACCCUGCCAGUUUCCAGAAUGUGCGUGAAGAAUGGGUGCCCGAGCUGCAGGAGUAUGCACCCAGCGUCCCCUACCUGCUCAUUGGCACCCAGAUUGACCUUCGUGAUGACCCCAAGACCAUUGCCAAACUGAAUGACAUGAAAGAGAAGCCCAUCGCCACUGAGCAAGGACAGAAGCUGGCGAAAGAGAUUGGUGCAUGUUGCUAUGUGGAGUGUUCAGCGUUGACCCAGAAGGGCCUGAAGACAGUGUUUGAUGAGGCCAUCAUUGCCAUCCUGGCUCCCAAGAGAAAGAAGGGAUCGCUGAAGAGAAGACUGGGACCCCGCUGCAUCAACUGCUGUCUGAUCACGUGAUGCAGAAAAGAUAAAAUAAAGAUCAUUCAGCAAACCAACCACAAACCAAACCUGGACUGAAGGCAAAAGAAGGACAAGAGAACAAUGCACAGAGAGCUUGUAAGACAGAAGAGAGGACUGAAAAAGGACAAAAUAAGAGCCACCUUAAAGCUGCAGGGCUCUUGAAAGGCCAUAACUCUCUCCUGCUGUCCAACACCGGGUUGAUGAUACAGUUUACUACCAAAGGAGCACAAAGCCCAAGUCAGUCUCUUCUUCUAAAAUACUUUUGCCUCAAAAAUUCCUUCUUUUAUAACCAUUUUUAAUCAUGUUUUCUGUACAAUGUUGUUGUAUGCUGUCAUACAAAAUAGCUAAAAAGGACAUUUCAUAUUUAAGAGAAAUGCUACAUUUUAAGGAAUUCAUAUUAUUUCUAUGGUUUCUAUACAUUAUUGAUUUAGGGAUUUCAAUGUAAGAUCAGACGUCCAAAUGAAGAGAGAAAACCUGCAGCUAUAAAUAGCAAGAGGCUGAUUAUGGUGAUACUGUGAGUGUCCAGGAUACAUUUCUGGACAUAGGGGCUCAGUCUGUUUCAUUUAAAACUCAUGACAAAAAAGACCCUGUUUGCCCACAGUCAUUUGACAUUUGAAGACCUUGAAGACCUUUACAUUGUGUUUGAGAUAAUACAAACUAUCCAGAGUAAAAUGCAGUCCCGAUGACACAUUUUGGACCCAGAGCUCUAUUAUUAUAAAGAGCCUUGAUUUUUUGCCUUAUGAAAACUCCAUUAUUUUAUGGUGUGGCAUGCCAAAACAUUCUGUAAGUUUAGAUAGGGCUGCUGCCUUUAUUAAGAAGUGAAGAGGUUUAUUAUCCAUUUUUUAAAAAUCUAUAUUAUCCAGAGUAUAUGAUUCUGUAUCUCUAACAUAGAGAAUCCAGUAUGGGAAAACAAUAUUUUGUCAUCUGAUGAAUUACUUUCUUUCGUUCCAUUAUUUUUUUAUUCUGCAAUAAUAUGUUUAUCCUUUUAUCACCUUUAAGAAGGUUUUGAAGAGAGAAGAAGAGGGAGAGGGAUCUCAUUUUAGAAAUGAAACUCGAAUUUAUAUCAACGUCCAAAGAAUCAAAUGCACACGCUUUCAUCAAGGGUGGCUAAGAUGACCCAAUACUGUACAUCUAAUGCACAACAUGAAGCGCAGUCGGUGCCACUUUAUUUCCCAGCUCAACAAAGCACAUUCCUCUGAUUUUAACAGUGUCCCUGUCCCAGAAAAGGCUAAUCAAAGCACAGAAGGUGCACUCUGUUCUGUAAGGCACAAGGACAAGCAUAGCACACAUAGCAUUUUAACAUGCACAAUCACAGUUCAUUACAUUUACAGAGUUCUGCUACAAGGCUUCUUCAGACCUCCCAGAUGUCAUUAGGAAAUGCAAAAAGACACUCAUCCAAUCAGAUUUGAAAGGGUAGCAGCUAGUUGCACCAGCUGUUCAUAAGUUAUUGUGGUUACAAUUGGAGUCAUUACUGAUUGGAGACUUACUUGUCACCAAUUCAAGUAGCCACUUAACUUGUUACUAAAUAAGUUGUUUUCCUCUGCAGGAAUGUGUGUGCAGGUUUAAGCUGCGACUGGAACCGCCCUGUAGAACCUCUUUCAGAGCCGUUUUCAGGCAAGAAAAAAGUACCUACUUUAUAAGCCGCUACUUUUUUCUCACGCUUUGGACCGUGCGGCUUUUACAACGAUGCGGCUAAUGUAUAGAUAUUUACGUGUGAGCUUCAUGCCAUCAUUAAGUUUAGCCUCGUCACAUCAGACCAAUAAAAUUACCAAACAGGUCACAGUGGACCAUUGACACUGUUCGAAUUAAAUCAAACACACACUAAAUUCUUCAGAUCAAUCAUUCUGCGCUUCAUGCAUAUACUCUCAUCAUGGAAAACACAAAGAAAUGCGUAUGAUGCAGCUGUUGCAGGCCAAGCCUGCUCUCCUUUAACCUCGGCAGGUUAGGGUGUGUGUGUGUGUGUGUGAGUGUGAUGUGAGGAGGAGCGCUGCAGCUGUGUGUCUGUUGCAGACACGAGUGUGCAAAUGGAGGCAGAGCGAAAUGUACCACGAUCAUAUACAAUACAAUAAAAAAACUUAAAGAUAAGUUUUAGUGCUAGCGCUAAGCGCGCUAGCACUACCUGAGGCUGGCCAACCACGGUUCGGCGGCCGGCAGAAUCGGGUCGGUAACACAGCUUUUAAGUUAAAGGCAAUUGAUCUGCCUGUCGAAGAAGGAAAUAGAGCUGCUGCACGUUAGCUUGGCAUCAAUGAAUCAACGGUGAGACGUUGGAGUUGGCAGCGUGAACUGACUCAGUGUGUUUCACUGCCGUGUUACAGGCACUGUUCGGAAAAAAGUAUGAAUUUAAUUACAAGUUAAAUAAAAUCUUUCUGUGCAAAUAUCUCAUGUUACAACGUGGACACCCGCGGCUUAUAGUCCGGUGCGGCUUAUAUAUGUACAAAACUUUUUUUCUAACUUAGUGGGUGCGGCUUAUAUUCAGAUGCGCUCAAUGGUCUGGAAAAUAUGGUACCUACUUUGGGUUGUGUACGUCUGACUAGCCCAGCAAAACUGCUGUGCUAGUUUGAUGCUGAUAAGUUAAACUAAUAAAAGACCAGCAUCAUUUCAUCAGCCAUCACAAUGUCCUUGUUGAGUUUCUCCCUUUCUACCAUCAGCAGCAUAUUAUUCACUAUACAACAUAACAAACCGCCAUUGUUCUGUUUCCUACGUGUUCAUCGACCUGGAGUUAUGUCCAGUAACUUUUUGUCAUUGGAGUAGCGCACUAAAAGUUAACAUGUCCAUCGAAGCCAUUGGAUGACCGUAUUAGAAACAGAAAUGCUGAAACAUUACAGAGCCGUACCUAUAAACCUUCUCAUUUUCUUGCAUCUGUCCAAAGUUCCUGCAAUGGAAUCCACUUCAUAUUUACAGCAAGAAGCGUCAAGUAUGUGAUACAUCGUGUUAGCUAAGUAAACCAUGUGGCCUAUUUCAACAUACUGUAUUAUUCAACACUUGAUAAAAAGCAAACAUUUGAUGAUUGUAUAAAUUGGAAAUAUUUCAAACUAAAUUACCCCAAAAACAACAGAGUGUCUCAUAACUUACAAAAUGAACGACCAAAACAAUUUGAUAGCUAAUCAUUAGCUAUCAAAUUUUUAUGCUAAUCAAACUGCGUUUGAUUAGCCGCCCUCUAAAAUUGUACUUUUUGGCAGUUAUGUUACACCUCGAGAUGGAUAUUUUCACUAUCAGUUCACACCAAAUCAUACAAAUCUUUACUGACUAAGACAACAGUAUAACUCAAUUCAGUGAAUCACAUGUUUGGACUAGUAGUGACUUAGAAGCACAAACUCAGUGAUGGCUUUAUGAAUAGCUGGUGCACCGCAGUCUCUAGAUGUCGCUCUUUCAAUAUCCAAAUAAUCAGUAUAUUUUAGGCUUUGAUGUCCUGACAUGAUGUAAAGGAUUUAUAGAAUGUGUGGAAUGUAUGACCAACACUCAUGUACCAAUCCUGAUUUUGUUCUUUAAGUUUCCUUCACAGGAAUUCAGUGAUCCCAGUAAGGGAGUCAUUCUACUACACUUUAAAUAGAAAGAGAGAUAAUAUGUAACCAGGAUUUAGAGAAUAGUCUAAAUAUCUACGAGCCCCUAAAACAGGUGUGUAUGCAACAAAAGUCUCCAGCCAACGUGUCCGUAGUCGGUGCUGUAGGUAAUAACCUGAGGUUGUGACUGAACUUUUCUUGCAAGCCAAACAUGGGAAAUAUCAGCUCUUCUUGUUUUUAUGCAUUUGUUAUUGGCUUUUUCUAACUUUUUUGUUUGAAUCUAAUAAUCAAAGGUGCCAACUCUUGCUGUUACCUUUCUGUUCAGAGUCAGAUAUGAUGAUUGAUUAAAGCUUUAAUGUAAACGGUGCUCCUCCUCUCUGUCCCAGCCUGCGUUGUAUAACUGUCUUUCUGAGCAGCGGAGAUGCCUGCAGGGUGAGCAGCCUUCUUUCUCGGACAGUUUUUUGCUUGCUUACGUUGUGUGAAGGUCCACCCUCAGGAUGCAGGACCUAAGUGCCACAGCCACCAUUGCAUUCUCCCGUUGAUGCUCCUCUCUUCUCAAUAAAUGUAUUUACUGUGUUAAAAA